AUGCCUGGCUUAGAUUUUCUCAUCUCCGUACCACCAUCAGACAACCGCCCGCGUGUUCCGCCGCAAGAGAGCUAUCUCUCCGAGUACGUUCUCGCCCCGGUGUACGAUCGCAUAGUGCUGUUCUACCCCACCUGGUGGAUGCCGAACAAGGUGACGCUGGUCGGUAUUUUUUCUACUCUCCUCGCAUCGCUGCUGCUGCUCACGGCGAUGCCCCCAAGCACCGUGUUUGAGCCUCCGUUCGCUACCGUUGUCCCCGCCUCAUUACUUCUUGACCGAGAUGAAAAGUGGAGGGACGCUGCGGGACCUUCCCCACUUUGCCUAACGAUGCUACAGCCGCUGUUUAGUUCCGUUUUUUCCUCGCCCAUAUUGAUGCUGUUCGUGUGCGGUUUACUGAACGCUAUUUAUUGCAUCACUGAUAACACUGAUGGGCGCCUCGCACGGCGCUUAGGGAAGGCAAGCUUCAUUGGCGAGUACCUGGACCACGGCCUUGACUGCGUCACUUCACUGAUCUCAACAAGCGUCACUAUGUCUAUCUUGGGUCUCUCGUUCUCAAAUAUCGGAGUGACGGUCAUGUUCCUUGCUUUUACCACAGUCCUGUCACACACGCUGCACUAUGAGGAGAACAUAUUUGUUUGGGGGAACCGUUACGUUUCUGUCGAUGAGGCAAUGCUUUUUUUCUGCGCGGCAAAUUGGGUUCCUAUCUUGCUGCCUGACUUUGCCACGGUAAAAGUACCGCAGGCCCUUUUGUAUGCGCUACUGCCAGAGGCAUGGGCACAGCUGUUGCUCCCCGUGCGCUUGGUUGAAGUGUUGAUGAUUGUGUACUGGUUGUCCCACGUGCAAGUAACACUUGGCAUCGCGUUCAAAAGUUGUAGAAUGCUCUUCCGUCUCACAAGCCUUGCACUCUGCUUUAACGCCUUCCUCUUGCUCGCCAUUGUCCCUUACCACACGGCGCACAUUGCGGCUCACGGUACUGCUGGGUACGCGUGGGGCCCCUUCUCCUAUGUUGCGGUUUGGAUCAUUACAAUGGCGUGUACAUCCAGCAUUGUCGUUCACAUUCUCAUUUAUGCACGUUGUGCGAAGCUGCAGCGAGUAGAUCCGGUGGCGCUAGCCGGUCUCGUUUUUGUUUGGCUCAUUUUCCCCACCUGCCCCGUGGGUGGAAUGGUACUUUCCGUAAUCUGGCACAUCACGCAGAUAGUUAUUAACGUGCGCCACCUGGAGGGUAUCGGGCAUACAGCAGCGGAGAAGUCAAAGACGAGUUGA